AUGGCCCAGUUUGCGCCCGCCACAGCAGAAUGGCACCCGUCGCUUGCGAAUCAACAUCGCGGCAACCUGCUCACUCACGGCAAGCGCAGGGCCGAAGACGAACUCGAGUCGCAAUCCAACAUCUCGUCGCAUUUCAAGAAACUCCGCCUAAAUCAAGGCAACAGCCACAGCAAUGUAGGAUUACACCAGUAUGCACCACCUCCCACGUUCCCUCCUCCUUCACUCGCGCCUUCGUCGCCCUCGCAGGCUCAACAGAUCCGGCUGAGCCCGCCGUCGAGUCCUUCGACCGUCUCGUGGCGUCCGCACAUCGCCAACACCGACGCUCGACCUGGCCUACCUCUCCCCACGCCUAUUGUUCAAUAUGAUCAAGGGCCGCCCCCUGCGCCCCAUCCUACACCCGUGCCCCAGGCGCCUAUGAGGUUACCAACCCUCCCGGACGCUGACUUCAUGACCAUCGACGACGCCCCUCAUCGGAUAAUUAUCCACGAUCUCGAGUCAGAAAUUGCCCAAAUCGAAGCCGAGGAAGCCGCGCACAAUGCCACAAUCUUCCUCCCGGACAUAGACAGAAAGGUAUCCCGGGUGCCACAGAAGCUACUCCGGCCCCAAAAUCACGACCGACUCCCCCAAGCCACGGGGCUGCCACCCGAGAAUCUAAAUACGGCGUUGGUGUUAUACCGAGAUCCGAGUAGCAUAUCCGUGCCGGAGGAGGAGGAUGUCGUCCGGAAGACUAUCAUCGAGGCGAGACGAAGGGCGAGGGAGAAGACGGCAGAGGAACAGAGAGAAAAGGAAAGGAGGGAGGCCGAGGCCAGGGCUUUGCAACUCGGCCAAAACAGUGUAGAAUGGGACGACGCGAUGACGGACAAUCCAGUGGUGGAUGACGAUCUAGAUGCAAUGGAAAUAGAAUAG